AUGGCUGUUUCAACAGCAGUUUAUAAAAACCGGAUCAAUCGAUUGCAGGUCAUGACUCGAGGAGCUGUGAUUGGUCUUCUUCACCAUCAAUCUUUGAAUAUUUCAAGAGAUCCUGAAGAUUCCGAGGUACUGACUUUAAUGGAAACAGACGUUGAUAGCAUAAUAUCGACAGGGGAAAUUUUUCACGAAAUCUGGGCCCAAAUUCUGGAAGUUGUUAUUGGAACAACAAUGCUUGCUGUCCGUGUACACUGGCUGGCACUUUUACCCUUGAUUGCAAUUUACGGAAUAGGCUGCUCUCACAUGAGUAGGUUCGUGGCACAACAUCUACAAAGCAAGCAGAAAGACUGGAAUGUUGCGACUCAAAAGCGUAUUGCAACCAUCACUUCAGCUUUAGCUGGCAUUAAAAGCUUGAAGAUGUUGGGAAUGCAAGAAGCGAUCGAACAUCAAAUAUCGGAUUUGAGAACCCAAGAAUUGUGCCUAUCAGAGAAAUUACGUUGGAUUAAUGUUGCCUAUAAUGCGAGUGGUAAGAACAACCCUAAAAUGAAAUCCCUGCACCGUUCAAAGCAUCUGACUAAGGGCUUGAAAAUGUUGAUAGCAAACGCACUGGGUAUAUUCGCUCCGGUAUUGACACUUAUUCUGUAUUCAUUCUCUUUGAAGGAUAAUACUCUUCAGGCCAAUGAAGUCUUCACAUCCGUUGCUCUCCUCGCUAUGGUUACACACCCAGCUAAUAUGGUCAUGACUCUUGUCCCGCGCGCUAUUGCUGUUACUGCGAACUUUUCUCGAGUGCAAGCCUAUCUCAGUAAGCCACCAGUUGAAGACUUACGAAAUUCCAGCCAUCAGCCAUUAUUACUCGACAAUUUAUCGAUCAAGCUUGUUUCCCGAGGAGAACCAAUCCUUAAGAAUAUAUCUCUGGAUGCACGGCAGGGAGAUCUUGUGGUCUGUGCUGGCGCUGUAGGUAGUGGGAAAACAAUCCUAGCAUUAGCUUUGCUCGGUGAGAUUCCCACUACAACCGGAGCUAUUUCUGUUUCAUCAAGAGAAAUUGCAUACUGCGCCCAGAAUCCUUGGCUUCCAAAUGUCACAGUUCGUGACGCUAUCUCUGGAAGGUCCAGCGGGCUGGAUUGGAAAUGGUAUAAUACCGUGAUUGCGGCAUGUGGAUUGGUGCCCGAUCUAGACACCUUUAGUGAUGGUGAUCUGACACGUAUUGAUAACAACGGAAUGAAUCUUUCUGGCGGACAGAAGCAUCGAAUCGCUCUUGCGCGCGCAGUAUACUCGAGAAACAGAGUGAUGAUACUUGAUGAUCCGUUUAGUGCUCUUGAUCAGAAUGUGACGAACCAAAUUGCAGAGAGUCUUUUUGGUCCAAAAGGAAUUCUCAAACAGAUCUCAUCAACUGUCUUUCUGAUAACGAACUGGACAAAGAUAUUUCCACUUGCGGACAAGCUUGUUCUUAUUAGUGACAUGAAAGUAAAACGUCAAGACCCAACAGAUGUUAAACAAUCACAAUUAGAACACCCAUCAGCUCUUAUAUCUCCUGAGAUUUAUCCGGACGAAAAUCCACUUAAAUCCACCAAGCCAAAGGAAAUGGGUAAAAGCUAUCGAAUGAAUGAUGCAAUGGAUGACCUUUCACGAAAAUCGGGAGACACAAACCUUUAUUGGUUUUAUCUCGUGGCAGUCGGUCGACUUAAUGCCUUUUUGAUUCUUGGUUUCACAGCGACGUACUCUUUCUUUUUGACUUUUUCUCAGUAUCUCCUCAAAUGGGCGAUUGAGUCAUCUCCAAAGGACCUAUGGCUCUAUAUGAGUUUAUAUGCAGCAGUUUCAGUCAUCGCAUGGGCAGCCACUAGUGGAACGAUGUGGUCGACCCAAAUCAAAAUUGCCAUUCGGUCAGGCGCAAUACUACAUGCACAACUACUCCAAAAGGUUCUCGGGGCACCAUUGGCCUACUUUACCGAAACAGAUAUCGGUGUGACUCUUAAUAGGUUUGGCCCGGACAUCAAUCUCAUAGACAAACAACUUCCUCCGGCAUUGGCAAAUUUGAGCACCCAGAUUUUUAAGCUUCUGGCACAAGUCAUGACAAUUCUGAGCGUCCAUCCUAUGAUAAUAAUUACGAUUCCAUUCUGUUCCAUUUGUGUAUACUUUGUCCAGCGAAUUUACCUUCGAGCAUCUCGCCAGCUACGCUUCCUUGACCUGGACUCAAGAUCACAGCUAUAUGUCAACUUUCUAGACUCAGUUAACGGUGCAAUCACAAUCAGAUCAUUUGGUUGGAAGAAAGAUUUCAAGAGCCAAAACACCAGCGCGCUGGACCUUUCCCAAAAACCCUUUUAUCUCUUGCUGAGCCUGCAAUGCUGGUUAAGUGUUACAUUAGACUGCUUGAUCACGAUUGUAGCAGUAGGUCUGGUUGCGCUCACUGUUAUAUACAAGAACACUACGACUGGGGCUGACAUUGGGCUGGCUCUCAACCUGAUUAUAGUGGCUAAUAGUACUCUCCUUAAGCUCGUUGAAUCAUGGACAUCCCUAGAAACCUCGCUGGGCGCCAUAUCUCGAUUAAAGAGCGUACAGGAUUACGUGCCAAGCGAAGAUCGCCCUUUUUCUACCAUCACUCCAGGCCAGCACUGGCCCUUUUCGGGGAGUUUACGGCUGAACAAUGUUUCAGUAUUCUAUCCUCACUCUUCAGAGCCAGCAUUAGAGAAACUUUCUCUUGAAGUUAAAGAGGGUCAGAAUGUUAUAAUAAUGGGUCGGACAGGAAGUGGGAAAAGUACGCUGAUACUAUCACUACUACAACUUUUGGAUGCUCGGGAAGGCUCAAUACGGGUAGACGAAGUAGAUCUCGCAAUGAUUUCAUUGCCUGUCGUUCGACAACGAGGGUUCAUUGCUGUUCCACAGGAUGGCUUCAACAUUCCAACCGUAUCGCUGCGGUUCAACUUGGAUCCUGAAUACGUCAGCUCUGAGUCCUCCAUAAUUAAGGCUUUGAAGCAGACGCGACUCUGGCAUAAGAUAUCAACCAGCGCCAUGGGAAAGUUACAGAUGAAUCCAGAUACAAAUGACGAAUUCCAGCACAUACUGGACUGCCCAAUGUCUAUUUUUCUGCCCCUCUCAGCAGGAGAAGUGCAACUUUUUGCUUUAUGUCGAACGCUGAUUCGCGUCUGGGCAAGUCCAUUGACAAAGCCCAUCAUAAUCCUAGAUGAAGCUAGCUCUUCGCUUGAUUCAAUGGCAGAGUCAGUCCUUUGCGAGAUUCUCCGCCAUGAUCUGAGAAGUCAUACUGUUGUUAUCAUUGCUCAUCGUGUUGAGGGAAUAAUGAAGGCUAUGAGAGCUGGAGUUGAUUUGGUUGCG